UGUCAUUUUUUCGUGUACGCUGGCCCUUUAAUUUUCCCACCUCGCAGUACUGAUAUCUUCAUAUACCGUCACAUGGCAUACCCGUUUAGUGGAGGUUUUCUGCUCCCCAUCGUGCGGUCAGAAUUAAGAUAACCCGUCAGACCGUGGUUGGUUGGAAGUGGAACCGAAGAAGAAGAAGAAGAAAAUUUCCAUGAAUUGUACGGCCUUCAAUCUCACGGCCAGUAGUUCCUUUUUCCCGGAGAAGAAUUCCCGCCUUAUAGCAAGGACCCGGACCCAUGAUUUCGGUUUUACCAGGAAAAGACUGAAACGAUGCCGCAUGGUUGCAAUGGCCACCUCCUUGGAGUUGGAGCUCCCGCUCCUUCCCUUUAGCUUGAACGAGGUUCUUGUUCCCUCUGAGAGUAAAACACUGCACUUAUAUGAAGCAAGGUAUCUGGGUCUACUGGAGGAGUCAUUGACGAGUAAGAACAAGCUUUUUGUGCAUUUUGUGUUGGAUCCUAUCAUAAUUGAAAAUUCAACAGAAGAAGCAUCCUUUGCAGCCAGAAAUGGUUGUUUGGUUUUUAUAGAAAAUGUUGAGCGUUUAGAAGUUGGAGCAUUAGUCUCUAUUAGAGGAAUUGGUCGUGUAAAGAUUGUGAAAUUUGUGCAGGCAGAUCCUUACUUGAAAGGUGUUGUCAUACCUGUACAGGACAGGGUUCCUGACAGUGUCAGCAAAUUACGCCCAAAAGUUAUGCAAGUAAAAGAGGCUCUUUAUAGUUUAAAUAGUUUGGAAAUCAAACUCAAGGCCCCAAAGGAGGCACAGUUGCAAACUAGAAUUGCCAAUUCUCUAAUGUGGACUGAAAAGGAACUACUCUUAGAUUGUCAUGAAGCUUUCUUUCCUUCAUUGGCUGAGCGUGUAUCCUUCGCAGCACUUCAACCGGUAUCAGAAAACUAUUUGCAACUCUUCAACUACGAUUGCAGUGGUUCCUGUUAAAUGACUUGCAUAGUCCACCAGAAAACCUGUUGGAGAAGGCACCAGAGUACAUAGAACUAUGUGAUAAAUGUUCUCUUUUGACACUGCAGAAGGUUCAGAGGGGCUCCCAUGGCUUUUACCAUUCCUAGCAUUUCAUUUGCAAUUUGAGCUCCCUUUGCUCCCCCGCAUCUUUUCAUAUAUGUUUUACCUGUAAUGGCUAAGUUAAAAAGUUUAACUUUAAGCAUUACUUUAAAAAUAAAAAUAUCCACCUUUAAUUGCAAAGCAUCAUAAGUUUAAGUGGCCAACGCUUAUUUGUUCGUUUUUCAGACUGAUCAUUAACACCAUUAUAACUGUGGAGUUUUCCUUGUACUGUAUGUCAAAAAUUCAUUCUACGCCUUGCUAGUCCUCUUUGACGACAUUUAUAUCC